AUGAAAUUUUGAACAAAACCAAAUAUGGCAGUUUUUCAAAAGCACUACAUUUUCCUUUUCCUUAUUCUUGUUUUCUCUUCACUUCCAUCUACAAUCAUAUCAUCAGGAAGGACAGAAGCAGAAGCUCUUUUAAAAUGGAAGAAUAGCUUGUUAUCUUUUAAUAGUUCCAUCACUUCAUGGUUUGUCACCGACUUAAAAAAUUAUUGCAACUGGACUGGUAUUGUCUGUCACAGUGCUGAAACUGUAUCCGAGAUCAACCUCCAUUCAAAUUUGAAUGGAACACUUGCCCAAUUCAAUUUCACUUCAUUUCCAAAUCUCACCCAUUUCAACCUCAGUGGCAACCAACUCAAUGGGCCAAUUCCAUUUACAAUUGGCAAUCUCUCCAUGCUCGUUGUUUUGGACUUGAGUGACAAUAAUUUUGAGGGUAUCAUACCUUCAGAGAUUGGGUUGUUGACAAAGCUUGAAAACCUUAGUUUCUACACCAACAAUCUCAGUGGUACAAUUCCAUUUCAAGUCAGCAAUCUACGGAAGGUAUGGCACUUGGAUCUUGGAAAUAACCAUUUAGAAACUCCAGAUUGGUCAAAAUUCUCAGGCAUGCCUAUGUUGACUCAUCUUUUCUUUGAUUCCAAUCAACUUACCUCUGAAUUUCCAGAUUUCAUACUCCAUUGCCCCAACCUUACUUUGCUUUAUUUGUCAUACAACCAUUUCACUGGCUUAAUACCUGAGUUGGUAUUCACCAAUCUUGCCAAGCUUGAAUAUCUUAUACUCUUCGACAAUUCAUUUCAAGGGUUAUUGUCAGCAAAUAUUUCAAAGCUUUUGAAACUCAAACAUCUUGGUCUGGGUAACAAUCAGUUUGUCGGACCCUUACCUUUGUCCCUGUCCAAUCUGUCCAAGAUAUCUAACUUGCGAUAUUUACAACUUCAAAACAAUUCCUUCACUGGUAAAAUUCCACAUAAAAUUGGCCUAUUGACAAACCUCACAUUCUUGGAUCUAUCUAUGAAUUCACUUACCGGACCCUUACCUUUGUUCCUGUCCAAUCUGUCCAAGAUAUCUAGUUUGUACAUAUCGGAUAAUUUUCUUUCCGGUGAGAUCUCACCUUAUCUUGUCACCAAUUGGACUGACUUGGAAAUUUUACAACUUCAAAACAAUUCCUUCACUGGUAAAAUUCCACCUGAAAUUGGCCUAUUGACAAACCUCACAUUCUUGGAUCUGUCUGUGAAUUCACUUACCGGACCCUUACCUUUGUCCCUGUCCAAUCUGUCCAAGAUAUAUCAAUUGUCCAUAUCCCAUAAUUUUCUUUCCGGCGAGAUCUCACCUUAUCUUGUCAUCAAUUGGAUUGACUUGGAAAUGUUACAACUUCAAAACAAUUCCUUCACUGGUAAAAUUCCACCUGAGAUUGGAGUCCUGAAAAAAUUGUGGUAUUUGGACCUUUCGGCAAACCAACUCUUAGGUCCAAUUCCUCCAACAAUUGGGAAUCUCACAAGCCUCGGUUACUUGAACCUCUUUCACAACCGUCUUAAUGGAACAAUUCCACCUCAAAUUGGAGUCAUGAAAGAAUUGGAGUAUUUGGACCUUUCGGCAAACCAACUCUUAGGUACAAUUCCUCCAACAAUUUGGAAUCUCACAAACCUCAGUUCCUUGAACCUCUUUGACAACUAUCUUAAUGGAACAAUUCCACCUCAAAUUGGGAAUUUGAAACUACUGUUUGCUUUUGAUCUGAGCAAAAACCAAUUAAAUGGUGAAAUCCCAGCUCAGGUUGGUCGCCUGACUCAAUUGUCCUAUCUAAGCCUCGAAUCAAAUGAAUUCACGGGUGAAAUUCCACCUACCAUUUGCAACUUGAGCUCCCUCGUGGUUCUUAAUCUAUUUAAUAACAGCUUGGUCAAUGUGAUUCCACAAUGUCUGGGAAACUUUAGCCAUGAACUCUGUGUGCUAGAUCUGCGAAUGAAUCACUUUCAUGGGACUGUUCCAGCAACAUUUACGAAGUGUAAUAAUUUGAGAAAUCUCGGCUUGAGUGGAAAUCACUUGGAAGGGCGGGUGCCGCGAAGUUUGGUCAAUUGUAGACACUUGCAAGUUGUUGAUCUAUCCAACAACAACAUAAGUGACACAUUCCCCCAUUGGAUGGAUGAUCUUCCAGAGCUGCAGGUUCUUGUCCUGCGAUCCAACAGAUUUGGAGGUGCAAUAGAUACUUCCACCAGUAAACUGCCCUUUCCCAAGUUGCGAAUAAUCGACCUCUCUCACAAUGAGUUCACCGGCCCCUUGCCUGCAAAAUAUUUCAAGAAUUUCAAAGCUAUGAUGAAUGUUGAUGAACAUAAACUGAGUCGUGAAUACAUGGGGGACUAUUAUUAUCAUGAUUCAGUUGAAGUGGUGGUGAAAGGGCUAGAGCUUCAACUUUCGAGAAUCCUAACCAUCUUCACAACUAUUGAUUUAUCGAGCAACAAUUUUCAAGGGGAGAUUCCUGACUUCAUUGGAAUGCUUCAUUCGCUCCGAUUGCUCAACUUAUCUCACAACAAUCUUGCAGGACAUAUUCCAUCGUCUCUGAAAAAUUUGACUGGGCUUGAAUCAUUGGACCUCUCUUCAAACCAGUUAGUGGGGGAGAUUCCUUGGCAACUGACAAGCCUAACAUUUCUUUCAUUCUUGAACCUUUCGCAAAAUCAUCUUGUUGGACCAAUACCUCAUGGUCAACAAUUUGAUACAUUUGAAAACAAUUCGUACUCUGGAAACCAGGCCUUGUGCGAUUUGCCGUUGACAAAGAAAUGUGCAGACGAUGAAGAAUCACCGCAGCCAUCAACAUUGCCACAUAAAGAAAUUGAUUCAGAUUUUGCCAGUGGAUUUACUCGGAAAAUUGUGGUGCUGGGAUAUGGAUGUGGGUUUAUAUUUGGAUUGAGUAUGGGUUGUGUUGCCUUCUUAGCUGAAAAACCAACAUGGUUUGUAAAGAUUAUUGAAGGAAAACAACACAAAACUGGGAAAGGAAGGAAGAAGAGUGGUCAAGGACGUGCUAGGAAUGGAAAUUAGCAAACACAACAAAUCAACUAGCACUGGUAAUGUUGCUUUCUAAAUUAUCCAUUUUAGUUUUUGUAUUAAAAUCAAGUUCUAUGCGUGGAUGUUACUAAAAUGUUCAAGAAAUGUUGUUCUGUUAUAAUUGUGUAACAUUUUGAAAUCUCCUUUUAUUUUUCUA